AAACAUCGUCGAAGAACGUCCCGAUCACAAUUAAAAGUACUGGAAAAGGCGUUCAGCGAAAAUCCCAAACCCAAUGCUACCGUCCGCCGUAUCCUAGCCCAGAAACUGGACAUGACUCCACGAGGGGUGCAGAUCUGGUUUCAAAACCGAAGAGCCAAAGUCAAA